AUGGCAUCCCUCGUCCACUCCCUCCUAACCAACCCCGGAACCCCACUACAAGACAGACAAGACGCCUUAGACAGAGCUCUAUCCGACCCUGGCCUGCCAUCACAAAUCCCUACAUCGUCCUUCUGGCUACGUUCUCCCCAUCCCGAUCUCGCAAAGAUUCAGUCCGAUACUUUACCACCAGAAACCGACGUCGUGAUCAUCGGCUCCGGCGUAACAGGGACAUCCAUCGCACGAACACUCCUGGAGUCUCGAACGCCACGCAGCAACAAUAAUGGCCCGGAACAGGGACAGGCUACUCGCCCCGCUAUCGUCAUGCUAGAAGCCCGCGACAUAUGCAACGGCGCAACAGGUCGCAAUGGAGGCCAUAUCCUCGAGACAGCGGAGGAAUUUGCAGAGCUGGAACAGGUGCAUGGUACCGACGCUGCGAGGAAGAUAUUGAGGUUUCGGCUGGCGCAUUUGCGGGAGUUGCUGUCUGUAGCGGAGGAGUAUGGAUUAACUGCAGUGGCUCAAGCCCGCAAGGUGCAGUUCUUGAGUGUUUAUUUUGAGCAGAAGGGAUGGAGGGAGGCUCGUUGUCGGUUUCAACGAUUAAAAGAGGGUCUGCCGGAGGAGACGGGGGAGUGGAGGGUGUAUGAGAGGGAUGAAAUUCCGAAGGAGUUUUGUCUUCCUCAUGCCCAAGGAAUCGUCGCUGGACCGGCAGGUGCAAUCUGGCCGUACAGACUCAUCACAGGGAUCUUGGAUCGAUUGAAGACUAAAUACCAACAAGACCUGCGGAUAGAAACGAAUACUCCGGUCACCAACAUCGACGACCGCGGUAGCAAGACACUAAACGGACUGCGCUACACAGUGAAAACAGCCCGGGGCACCAUCCAGACCCGGCAUAUCGUGCACUGCACAAACGCCCACGCUGCCCAUCUCAUCCCUGGGCUAAAAGGCCGCAUCUGCCCCAUCCGCGGCCAAAUGUCAGCGCAGCACCCUGGGACAAACUUCAGAAGCCAGGGCGCAGAACAUUCAUGGCUCUUCAACUACGAGCGCGGGUUCGACUAUCUCACACAACUGCCAGCCUCAGAUGCAGGCGAGAUGAUGAUGUUCGGAGGCGGAUUUGCUCAGGGUCAGGGGGGUGGGAUUUCAGAUCUCGGUGUUUCCACAGAUUCAGAGUUGAGUUUAUAUGCCGAUAUCCAUAUUUCAGGGGCGUUGAGUGCGGUGUUUGGGCGGCAGAAUUGGGGAGCUCCGCCUGGAUGCGCCGUUGAGCAGAUGUGGACUGGGAAUAUGGGAUUCAGUGCUGAUGGGUUCCCUUGGGUUGGACGGCUUCCGGGAGCACUUACGGGAAGGGGGAAAGAUAAGGACGGAGAGGGUGCUGAAUGGGUCUCUGCAGCGUUUUCAGGGGAAGGGAUGGUGCUGGCGUGGUUGUGUGGGAAGGCAUUGGCGAAGAUGCUGUUGCUUCAUGAUGACCAGCUGGAUGGAGAGUCCGUAGACCUAACUUGGUUUCCUGAGCAGUUGCUGGUUACGGAGGAGAGGGCUAGGAAGGCGGUUUACUCAUUGUCUCCUUCAAGCGUCUCUCCUCAUCUGUGA